GUCUAAAUAUAAAUCGCUGCUUAAGUCAGGCUGUCGUAGAUUACCGGUAUUAUUUCUCAUUGUAAAUGCACCGGGACAAGAGCAACUGGUCGUUAGUUUCACAGUCUGAUUUCGUCUGUCAACGCGGUCAACUCGGCCCUUACCUUAUCUUGCUUUCGCGAUUUUAUCUGACGGAGAUUAAUUUACCAAAAAUAAGUUCCCAUCUCUUCGCAUAAAAACCAGCCCGAGAUGGCAUUCAACACUUGCUUAAUAAUUACAGGGACUUUUCUAAUCAUGGGAUCUGCUGUCACUUCACAGGACGAAAGCAUCAAUCUCUCAUUGUUCGAUUUUACAUCGUCAGACAAUGUCUCCGAUUGGACGGAGCAAUCAGACACGGUUAGAACUGUCGGCAAAUCAAAGGCAGUGAUUGUAAUGCAAGAAACGCAAGAGUUUCGAAGAGCAAUAUUAUUCACGCUUCUCAACCCUCAGUCAAAUGGAGCAGCAUUUGCAGGCGUCAGAAUCGAGACGGUCAUGAAUUUUGUCGGGCUUAGCACUAUCCAUAUAAACUGCAGAGCUCAGGGCAACAGUACUGGCUACAAAGUUGUUUUGCGUCAUGAUGGCGAGAACAACGAGCCCUAUCCAACUUACGAGCAAUUCUUUGAGGCCCCCAUGUCGUCGGAAAUAUUUUCCACGGUUUCUUUGCCUCUGGCAAAUUUCACAGCUUACUACAGAGGCAAAGCUGUUCCCAACGCAAAACCUCUGGACAUAACAAAUAUCACCAGCUUCGGGUUACAAGUAUACGGGGGUGUUUACGGAGCCAUUCAUCAAAGUGGCGUUUCUUCGCUUGAAAUUAACACUAUCGAUGUUACGUCAUAAAACGAUACUCCUCUUAACAAGAAAUCGAUAAAUAUUUUUUGAAAUACAUAAACACUUGAUAAUGUGAAAAAUAUACGAGCCAGAAAGUGCAUGCCAUUAUUAAAGCUCUAUUUUUGUACUACUAGAAUCGAAAUAUAAACCUCAUUUAGGACAA